GUCGAAAUGAACCAAGAGAGCUCAAACUUGUCAGUCAUAAACCCGAAUCCCUCUCAUCUGGAUGGACCCAAGCUUCUACACCAGCUUCUCGAUAGCAGUCGCGGGCUGCAGCAUUUCGCUAUUGACUUUCUUGAGGAUGGCGCCAGCAAAAGACAAAUCUCUUAUCAGUCAUUUCAUGCCUUAAGUGACGCGCUGGCAAGUAGGCUUCGUUGCUCUCUUUCUCGUCUCAAUCAGGAACGCCCUGUAAUACCAGUACUCCUGCCACAGUCACCGGAGCUUUACAUCACGUUGCUAGCCAUACUGAAGGCAGGAGCAGCAUUCUGUCCGUUGGGUUUGGAUGCCCCCGAAGAGCGCCUAAGCUUCAUUCUCGAAGACGUAUCAGCGCGUAUUGUGAUUACCACGCCUGACUUGGAGAGUCAUCUGCCUCGUGGCCCCCGGUUAGAAAUCCUGAUCGUUGACCACGAAAUAUAUCAAAGCCAUAGGGACGAAACGCUCUCCAACGACGCAAUCCAUCCGAAUGAUUUGGCCUACCUGAUGUACACGUCAGGCUCGACAGGGACACCAAAAGCUGUGGCAGUAUCUCAUCUUGCAGUAACCCAGAGUCUUCUGGCUCAUGACAGAUACAUUCCGCGCUUUUCUCGCUUCCUGCAGUUCGCGGCUCCGACCUUCGACGUAUCUGUCUUCGAGAUAUUCUUUCCUCUUUUCAGGAAAAGCACUAUCGUUGGCUGUACUCGAGCCCAAAUGCUCAAUGACUUACCUAGCGUCAUCAACGAUAUGAAUGUGGAUGCAGCUGAGCUUACACCUACCGUCGUUUCCAGCCUGCUCCGAGGCCGAGAGAGUGUGCCGGGCCUGAAACUUCUCCUCACUAUAGGAGAAAUGCUGACCCGUCCCAUUGUGAACGAGUAUGGUGGUGCCAAUGCUCGAAAGAGUAUUCUCUGGGGAAUGUACGGUCCGACCGAAGCUGCAAUUCACUGCACGCUUCAAACGUCUUUCUUGUCCACCUCUAGCGUCGGAAAUAUCGGAGUGCCUUUGGAUACGGUGUCUGUUCUCAUAGCAGCCCCGCUCGAUGAGGCUUCAAUCAUGUCCUCCGACGUCCAUAUACUUCCACUCGGCAGAGUAGGGGAAUUGAUUGUUGGUGGGCCCCAGCUAGCCAUGGGAUAUCUCAACCGGCCCGACAUCACAGCAGCAGCCUUUCUAGACCACCCACAAUAUGGCCGCUUAUACCGCACCGGAGACAAGGCAAAGAUCAUGCCGGAUGGUUCCAUCGAAUGCUUGGGACGACUUAUUUCUGGGCAAGUAAAGUUGCGAGGGCAGCGACUGGAGCUUGGUGAAAUAGAACAAGUCAUCGCUAGAUUGGAGGGCUGCCGAAACGUCUCCGCUCAAAUCAUCAAGGAGUCUCUCGUAGCUUUCUGCUCGGCAGAUCCUUCAAAACUCUCGUCUGAAGACGUGCUCCAAGUCUGUAGUCGUUGGUUGCCGUUGUUCAUGGUCCCUAGAGAUGUCAUCUUACUUUCCACUUUCCCACAACUUCCUUCCGGAAAGGUUGAUAAACGGAAGCUCGAGGCGGACUAUUCUCUCAAAAAUCCCGAGCGCGCAUCAAGAGAUGAUGGCAGUGUAAUAGUGGAUUGUUGCAAAGACACAGUAUUAAGUAUCGUUCAGGACGUACUUCACCAGAAAAUAGAUUUUUCGACUUCUUUCGCUACCAUUGGCCUGGACUCCUUACGAUCAAUUCGAAUAGCAUCCCAAUUGCGAAGAGCUGGAUACCGUGUUGAUGCUACAGACGUGCUAUCCGCACCAGAUGUCAAGGCUCUAAAAACACGCGCUACGGAACAACCGUGGAUUGAGCCACCAACGUUGCCUAGUCAGUGCAGUGAUAUAUUCAAAGAUAUAAAAGAUCUAGCUUUGGACAAGCCAGAGCUGAAGCAACAUCGAGCGCUGAUUGCUGAUAUCAUUCCGUGUACGCCGCUACAAGAGGCCAUGCUUGCGGAGACUGUUCUUCACUCGGACGCUUAUUGCAACUGGAUCGAAGUUGAGAUGUUAACAACCCAUACAUUUUCGGAAGUCAAAAGGUUUUUGGUAAUUCUUGCGGCGAAAAACGAAAUUCUCAGGUCUGGGUUCUGCGGCAUCCCUCACUUUGAAACUCCGUACGCACAAGUUAUCUGGAAGAGCUUGAACGAUGCCCAGAUCGAAGAAUCUGAGCACUUUACUCGAGGCUAUGCUCUUGAUAGUUCGAGUUCACUUCUGCGACCACUGAAGGUGCAAGUGAAUGUAAAGGGGGAGAAGCCGCGACUUCUAUUUCAGAUACCACAUUAUUUGUACGAUGGCUGGUCAUUCGAAUUGAUUUUGAAAGAUUUAAGCGACCUCUCUUUGUGCAGAAGGAGCCAUAGUCGACCCCAAUUCCGUGAAGUGGUUCAACGCUAUUCGUCACUUCGCGACUCACAACCAAGUAACGAUUCUGGAAGAUAUUGGAAGGAUCAGCUAGCCGAUUACCAGCCCACGCCUUUCCCGAACCUCAACAGCAAGAUCAUCGUGGCUGCUUCACUGCAAUCUUUCUCUCACAGGUCAAGCGUGAACCAAGAUUUGCUCAAAGUCGGAGCAAAUGAGCUGCAGAUAAAUCCCCAAGUGUUCUUCCAAGCUGGUUUAGCAUUCAUCCUCGGCUCUUAUCUAGCCUCCACUGAUGUCGUCUUUGGCACAGUAACAUCUGGUCGGACUCUUGCUAUUACUGGCAUUGAGGAGAUUCUUGGGCCUUGUAUUGCGACUCUUCCGCUCCGGAUUUCGGUAUCAAAAUGCGUGACAGCGAAAAACAUCUUGGAGAGCAUUCAUCAGUCGAAUAGAGCUGCAAUCAACCAUUGCACCACGCCACUCAGGGACAUCAAGAGAUCAUGUGAAAUAGACCCAGGGGUUUCACUUUUCGACGUUCUCUUCGUAUGGCAGGAAUCAUUAGAAAGUCAUAAUCUGAAGAAUCUAGCAGUGAAAAUCAUCGACAGUGUUGACAGACUUGAGUUCAAGCUCACACUAGAGAUAACUCCGACUACAAACGGCAUUCUUUACCGUGCAAAUUACGAUCCCUGUUUCAUACCUGAAUCCCAAAUCCGGAUUCUGCUAUCACAACUUGACGAUCUGGUCAACCAUCUUAUUCGGCAUCGAGACACAAACCCUCUACGAUUCAGUAGCACCCUUGGCAGUUCAAAUCUCUCUAUCGCAAACCCACGACCUAUCAGACAGCGCAUUGACCAUGGACCAGCUUACUCUGUGGAAACAUGGGCUAAGCAUGCACCAAAUAGGCCUGCGGUGUCAUUUGGCUUAAGGAAUCCAGGUCCAUCGAUGAUACUACAAACUAUUUCGUACAUGAACCUAAAUUCACGGGCCAAUAAGCUUGCGAGACUACUCCAGGCCAGCGGAUUUGGGAACGAAGAAUUGAUCUGCAUAUACAUGGAGAAGUCCAUUGACCUGUAUGUCUCUAUUCUUGCUGUGUCAAAGCUCGGCAUCGGAUAUGUUCCUAUCACCCCGGACACACCCGUAGAACGGACUCUGUGGAUACUCCGUGAAGCGGGAGUCAAAGCAUGUAUCAGUCAUUCCUCGUGCUCCGGACGUAUCGAAUCAGAAGAUCAGCAUACUGUUCUAAACGUGGAUGCUCUUAGCUUUUCCGCUCACUCCGACCAGAACAUCGCCAUACCAUACAAGGGUGGCAAUCUCGCAUAUGCGAUCUUCACCUCCGGUAGCACCGGGACACCCAAAGGUGUUCUCAUUACCCAAGACAACCUUGCUAGUAACCUCAAAGUACUGUCCAAAAUCUAUCCGGUACACGAUAGCUCGAGACUUCUACAAUCAUGCUCGCAAGCCUUUGACGUGUCCGUUUUCGAAAUAUUUUUCACGUGGUACACCGGCAUGUGUUUGUGUUCCGCCACGAAGGAUGAUCUAUUCCACGACUUUGAAGGCUCCAUCAGACAGUUCAAGGUUACGCAUCUGAGCCUUACCCCCACUGUUGCUGCGCUUGUUGAUCCAGAAAACGUCCCUGAGGUGCAGUUCCUUGUGACUGCCGGAGAAGCGCUCACUGAGCAAGUGAGGAGGAAAUGGGCUGGUAAAGGUCUUUAUCAAGGGUACGGGCCAUCCGAGACUACCAACAUUUGUACGGUCAAUGCCAAUGUCGACUCGUAUGACGUGAUAUCCAACAUCGGUCCUCCUUUCUGCAAUACUUCAGCCUUCGUCUUGGACGCUACCGGGAAUGCGCUAGUCCUGCGAGGGGGUGUAGGCGAAUUAUGUUUUGGCGGUGACCAAGUUUUUCGUGGUUAUCUCAACCUGCCAGAUGUAACGGCCGCUAAAAUAUUCGAGCAUCCUGAGUAUGGUCGACUGUACCGUAGUGGAGACCUUGGUCGACUUUUACCUAGCGAUGAGAUACUAUUCGUUGGACGAUCUGAUGACCAGGUCAAAAUCAGGGGACAACGAGUUGAGCUUGGAGAGAUAAGCUCUAGUAUCCUAGAUUCGGAGUCUGUACACGACACAGUGAGUGUCUUGUACGAGAAUGAAGAUCGAGUACAGGCCCUUGUCGCGUUCUGGAUACCCAGAGGACUGGCAUCUCAUGAUUUUUCCGUGCUUCCAGAUCCUAUCGAUGAGCAUUUGGCCGCUGUCAUCUCUGCUACCUUCGAACGAUUGGACUCUAAAUUGCCGUCAUACAUGAUUCCAGCACACCUGAUACCAGUAACGAGAAUUCCAAUGACCCACCAAUCGAAAGUAGACAAACGCAAACUUCUUGCGGCGUUUCAAAAUCUGGCCUCAGAGUACCUGGAUCAAGUCGGGCAACACUCUUCCAAAGCAUCCGACGGCGGAGAGUGGUCUGCUUUCGAACGUCAACUAGUGGAUUUGCUUAGUUCCGUGGUGAAGAUAGACUCCUCUCGAAUAAGACGGAAUACGUCGUUCUUCAGUCUCGGAUUGGACUCUAUCUCCGCAAUAUCACUCUCUCGCCAGAUCGGAGAGGCUGGACUCGCACACGUAUCGGUUUCUCGCAUCCUUCAAAAUCCGAGCAUAUCACGUCUGGCUAGUAGCAUCACUGCGGACAAAACCGAAGGCAAGACCUUUCAACGGAUCGCAAUUCGAAAUCUGCAUACCAUAUUCGACGACGAGUUCAAGUCUAGUAUUUGCACUCAGUUCCAAGAGCACGGAGAGCAAGUUGAGAGGAUCCUGCCUUGUACGCCUUUGCAGCAAGCAAUGCUAUCAGCCCGCGACUCGUCAGAUUCAUCUGCAUAUUUCAACAAAAUGGUGUUUGAAAUCACUGGCGAAGAGUCCCUUUUGCGCAACUGCUGGCAGACCAUGACUCAAAGACAUUCAAUUCUACGAACGUGCUUUGUAGCGACCGAAGAAUCAGAAUAUGCAUAUGCCCAAAUCGUACUCUCUCCCAAGGACAUUGCCUGGGAUGACGUCGAUAUUCAGUCCGAGAACUUGCAGCAACGUAUAGAGCAAUACAUUGCGGACAUUUCUCCUUCUCUAGUAUCGCCAUACAAGCCUCCUAUACGCUUGGCUUUCUUCAAAUCUGGGUCGGCCAGUCAUUUACUAUUCUACUGUCACCAUGCCAUGUAUGACGGGGCAGCAAUAUCAUACCUCUUGAGCGAGAUCGAACAGCUUUAUCAAGGCUCAGAAUUACCAGCACCAGUAUCAUACGAACCUUACCUAGAGGAAUUGGUGUCGCUUGAUGCCGAGAAUGCAGAACUCUUCUGGUCUGAAAAAUUGCGGGACUACGAACCCUCAGCGUUCCCUAACCUCACUGCAAAACCAACUUCAUCGAUGGAGAUCUCUAGUCAUGGAGGAAGCGUCUCGAGAAAUCUGACGAUCAAACUUGACGCCGUACUUGGAGAAUGUCAACGGAGGUCGCUCUCUCUUCUUGCAAUGAUGCAAUCAGUGUGGACGAAGCUUCUUCACUAUUACCUUGGAGAGACCGACAUUUGUUUUGGCAAUGUUGUCAGUGGGCGCACGCUUCCAGUACCUGGAUUAGAGCGACUCGUGGCGCCAUGUUUCAAUACGAUACCUGUCCGGGUAGACCUUACGUCUAUAAGCUCAAAUGAAGAGCUAGCGCAGACUCUCCAGGACUUCAAUGUAGGCUCUCUACCAGUCCAAUUGGCCGCCCUUCGAAGAAUCCAGUCGAAGGCUUGCCCGGAGGGCGGCAGGCUCUUUGAUAGUCUUUUCAUUUUACAGCAUGCACGACAGGAACUCGACCAUAACUUGUGGGCUCUGAAAGAGGAUGUUAGUAGGAUGGACAUACCCUUAGUCUGUGAAAUCACGCCUAGUCCGGACAUAGACGCCAUCGAGUUGACACUGCACUAUCAUCAAAACAUCGCUGGAAAGGCCGAAGCUGAGUCGAUUGCUGAAGUAUUCGAUCACGUUUUGCGCUCAUGCUUGUUUGAUCCCUUGCUUUCAGCUAUUCAAACCAGUGGGAUUCCUCCACGAUUGCUUUCCAUAUGUAAUGAGGACUACAUAACCCUACAGCCUCCCGAUGGUCCCUUGCUCAUUUCCGCCUUCCAACGGAACGCUGUGCUCCACCCCCACAAACCCGCACUAUAUUUCCUGCAUGGAAGUGGCGAGAAAACAGUAUGGUCGUUCAGGAGGCUUGAUGAAGUCUCUAACAGGAUUUCGCAUGCUCUAUUGGCUCGAGGAGUCCAAGUUGAAGACGUCAUUCCCAUACAUCUGCCUAAAAGUCCAGAAUUCUACGCUGGCGUUCUCGGCAUUCUGAAGGCAGGAGCGGCGUUUGCACCCUUCGAUCCGAAGCUCCCCGAUGAGCGCAAAAGAUUCAUGUUUGCGGAGCUAGGUUCAUCAGUCGUAUUGGACACAGCUGAUAUGGCCUCUAGCUGGUGUAAAGGAGCACAGGUUGUAGAUGCGACAGAAGCAUAUCGCUUCAGUAACCGCACUCCUCAAGUAUUGGGCGUGAAGCCGUCUAGUCUAGCUUACUGUCUAUACACAUCUGGGUCUACUGGGCGACCCAAGGCAGUAGCCGUCGAACAUCGCAACCCUAUUCAAACCAUUGAGAGCUCCAGGCGACUCAUACCUUGGAACUCGCAGUCAAAGCUUCUACAGUACGCAGCCACGACCUUCGACAUGUGCUACUACGAUUGUUUCCUGGCAUGGUCCUUCGGGUUCUGUCUAUGCGCCGCAGACCAAUCUGCUAUGCUGAACGAUCUUCCGAAGGUUAUCAACACGAUGGGCAUCUCGCUACUGGACCUUACUCCAACCAUGGCUGCGACUAUCUCAAAACCCGAUGUACCUUCCGUCGAGUUCUUAUUUUGUAUUGGUGAGGCAAUGCUACCUAAUAUCAUCAAUCAGUGGAAUAGCCAAUGCGUCAAUUCAUACGGUCCAACGGAAGCAGCGUUCUGCUGCACCAUCUUUCCCACCAGGCCGGACAUCAAGCCAAGUGUCAUCGGAAAACCAUUUACAACAACGUCCUUCACGGUUGUCUCGAAGGAUGGCCAAACCAUAGUGCCCGUAUUGGGCGUUGGAGAGCUUCACAUAGGCGGUUCUCAAGUAGCUCGAGAAUAUUAUGCAAACGAAGAACUCACAAAUUCAAGAUUCAUUGAUCUCAGUGGACGGCGUCUUUAUAAGACGGGCGAUAUGGUUCGAAUGCUAGCGGACGGCAAUUUCGAAUUCCUCGGACGCUCCGAUGAUCAAGUCAAGAUAAGAGGGCUUCGCGUCGAGCUUAGUGAGAUUAGUCAAGUUAUCAAAAACUCACACAAGGAUAUCAAGGCUGUCAAUACGCAAAUACUGCGCAAGUCGAAGGAUGCAAAAGAUCAACUAGUUGUGUUCAUGGUCACGAGGAGACGAAAGGACGAUUCGGAUAGCGUCAUCAAACAGGCUGCACGUUCAGCAGCGACUGAAAAAUUGCCCGCUUACAUGGUCCCAAACUUUUUGAUACCAAUUCCCGAUAUUCCACUGUCUUCAGCGGGAAAGAUUGACAAGAGUAUGCUUACAGAUAUCUUCCGAGGUCACGCGGAUGCCGGCUUAGUGCCAAUAGGCGACGAAAUGGACAAUGAAGCUGACUGGACUGCAUUGCAGAAGGAGAUCAGAAGCAUAUUCUCCAUCCUAUCCCGCACUCCUAAAGACACUAUCAGACUUCGCACAACAAUUUAUCACCUCGGACUGGACAGCAUCAGUGCCGUACAGGUUGCGGCGAGACUACGAAGGAAAAACUUCCGAGUAUCCGCCAGUGACGUCCUCGAGAAUCCAAACUGUGUUGACCUGGCAAGCAAGGUUGAAACCUUAACUAAAUCUCCAAGGGUAGAACAGAGCGCCGAUGGAUUUGACGCUCUGGAGCAGUCCCUCCGACCACUUGUCUGCAAUUCAUACGGUCCGCGAUCGGAAACCAUUGAGUCCAUUCGUCCUUGCACCCCUCUCCAACAAGGCAUGAUUGCCAAAUUCAUUCAGUCAGGCGGCGCUAUGUACUUCAAUUAUCUGCAACUCCAACUUGACAAGGGAGUGGAUGUCUCUCGGCUUCGUUCCGCCUGGUCCGCAACAAUGCAAAAGCAUAUCAUGCUACGCACAGGCUUUGCCCACGUUGAUGACCAAAUUCACCCUUUUGUCAUGGUCCACUACUUCGGAGCUGGAAUGAGUAUCCCUUGGGAUGCAAAUGAGCACUAUUCGGACGAUGUGCACGAGAUCGACCAAUGGCUACAUCAUGUCUCCAUUCAAGUACUGAAAAAUCUCCACAAGCUUCCGUGGCGGUUAAGAAUCGCAUCUAGCAGCGAUCGAGUCACUAUGGACCUAGCAAUAUUCCAUGCCCUGUACGAUGCACACAGUCUUAACCUCAUUCUUGGAGAUGUUUCUGCUGCUUAUCGUGGUCUUCCUACCUCUCCGACAAGCUCUCUAGAUGCAGUACUUGGAUCUAUCCUACGCAAUAGGGAUGACGAAGCCUUCCUAUUUUGGAGGGAGAGAACUAAAGAAGUAAAUCCAUCACAUUUCCCGAACCUUUCUCCCCUUACAAUUAAAAAUGCGCCGCCCCAAAUCCUGUCGAAGACCAGCUCUCGGAGCAUGAGUGACCUUGAAUAUGGUUGUCGCGCCAGAGGCAUUACUAUGCAAGCUGCUGGACAAGCUGCCUGGGCUUUGGUCUUGGCCGCAUACACAGGCGACCCCAAUGUUACAUUUGGCACUGUUCUUUCGGGCCGUACGAUCGAAGAUUCGGAGACCGUUGCUUUUCCGACUAUCACAACCGUGCCCGUGACGUAUCUCACCGAUAAAGAGAACGAUACACUUCUGAAGGAGAUAAUGGAAUUCAGUUCUUCGGUCCAGAAGCACCAAUUCACUCCUCUAAUCGAGAUACAGCGCAUUGCUGGCUUUCCUGACCAGCCACUAUUCGAUACCAUCUUCGCCUUUCAGAAGGUUUCCAAUCAAGACGCUACGUCUCGGCCAUGGAAGGUCACUCGGGAAAAGGCCUCGGAUAAUUACUCGAUAUCUAUCGAAAUGGAGCCUGCCGCCACUACACUCGAACUUCGCAUCACGUUCUCUUCUUACACGAUCCCAGUAGAGCAAGCCUCUCUGAUUCUUGACCAGCUAGACGCGUUCCUCGGCAACCUAGUGCUACCUCCAAGCAAGGUGUCCCAGCGAACCGAACCGCAUGAUACCCUGCUGUACUCUAUCACACCUGCGAAGGAGCCUUGUAUUUCCUCGGAGAUCAAACUUCUUCACGAAUUUGUUGAGACCAAUGCUAAGAAGCAGCCGCGGAAGAUAGCCUUUGAAUUCGUUCGGGCCUUCCAAUCAGGAGAAGCUGUUGGCCAGUGUUGGACUUACGCGGAACUCGAUAUGGAAGGAGACAAGAUUGCCAGCUUACUCCAGAUGUAUGGUGUAAAGCCAGGCGGUAUGGUCGCUACAUGCUUCGAUAAGUGUCCCGAAGCAUCCUUCGCGUUGCUCGGUGUACUCAAAGCAGGAUGCGCAUUCGUGGCACUCGAUCCAAGCGCACCUACAGCACGAAAAGAGUUUAUUCUCAAGGACUCCGGGGCAGACUUACUGCUUACUAUGAGUGCCCAAUCAAUGGAUCUCGGGAGCCGAGUCGAUGUCCCCGUUGUGAAUCUCGACGAUCAAAUCACUAGACCUACAGUGACAACCAAAAUCAAACUGGAACGCCCAAUCACUGGCCAGGAUACUAGCUACUGCCUGUACACAUCGGGUACUACCGGUACACCAAAAGGCUGCGAGAUAACGCAUGAGAACGCAGUUCAGGCUAUGCUCGCAUUCCAGCGCCUUUUCGCAGGCCAUUGGGACUCAAAGUCUCGUUGGCUCCAAUUCGCAUCAUUCCACUUCGAUGUCUCGGUAUUGGAGCAAUACUGGAGUUGGUCUGUUGGAAUCCGUGUCGUUUCUGCGCCUCGUGAUCUCAUCUUCGAAGACAUUGCGGCUGCCAUCAGAGGUCUCAAUAUUACGCACAUCGACCUCACUCCAAGUCUCGCUAGUAUCAUCCAUCCUGACGAUGUUCCAAGCCUCUGCAAAGGCGUAUUCAUCACGGGCGGAGAGCAGCUUAAGCAAGAGAUCCUUGACGUAUGGGGUCCAAAAGGUGUCAUAUACAAUGGAUAUGGACCGACAGAAGCCACUAUCGGUGUUACCAUGUUCCCCAGGGUCCCCGAAAACGGAAAGACUUCCAAUAUUGGCCCUCAAUUCGAUAAUGUUGGGUCCUAUGUCCUCAAGUCAAAUACUGAUAUUCCCGUUCUUCGUGGAGCCAUUGGAGAAUUGUGUGUGUCGGGAAAAUUGGUGGGAAAAGGAUACCUGAAUCGAGUCGAUCUGACCAAGGAGCGCUUCCCGUGGCUCGACAGAUUUGGCGAGCGUGUUUAUCGGACUGGGGAUUUAGUCCGCAUCUUGCACGACAACUCUUUCUCUUUCUGCGGCCGAGCGGAUGACCAAGUGAAAUUACGCGGGCAAAGACUGGAAAUUGGAGAGAUCAAUUCCGUCAUUAAGCAGGCUUCAGAAACGAUACUCGAUGUAGCCACCCUUGUCUUGAAGCAUCCAAAACAACAGAAAGAGCAACUUGUCACCUUUGUAUCCACAAAGUUGUUGUCUAAGUCCCGAAAGGAAUCUGCCAUUUCGAUUGACAGCUGUGCAGAGUUGAAACCUGCCAAAGAGGCUUGCUUAGACAAGCUGCCUGGAUACAUGGUUCCCACUCACUUCGUUCCAAUUACCUCGAUGCCGUUAUCCGCGACCAACAAAGCGGACGCAAAGCAGCUUCGUGAGCUCUACAAUUCCCUUGCUACGGAUGAUCUUCAGCUUCUCUCGAGCUUGUCAUGGGAUCAAGACGAAAAGUGGUCAACCACCGAGCGUCGCAUUAGAGAUGUUGUGAGGGACUUUGCCAAUACUGAUCCAAACGCAAUCCGUAAAUCAUCAAGCAUCUUUGAGCUUGGCCUCGACUCGAUCUCAGUAAUCGGAUUUGCUAAGAAGUUGAAGGAAGCUGGUUUUACCAACGCACAAGCAUCUUUGGUGAUGAAAAAUGCAUCCAUAAGUCGGCUUGCAAAGGCCCUGACAAGCAGAGAUGAUGAUAGCUCUCGUGAACUCGCCGCAACCAUCGAGGCUCGUCAAACAAUGGCAGCGAUUCAACACCGACAACGGAGCACCGUUGUGGACGCUCUCAAGAUCAGCUCAAGUAAUGUCGAAUCUAUUUCCCCGUGCACGCCGCUACAAGAAGGCAUGAUUGCGAGGUCGCUCGAAAGCGAGCAGCCGUUGUACUUCGCGUCCUUCCAGCUUCACCUCUCGAAUAUGGUUGACGAGUUAAAACUGCGCUCCGCUUGGGAAAAGGGUUUCGCAUCGACACAAAUCCUACGAACGUGCUUUGCGAAUACUGGGGACGGCUUUUUGCAGGUGGCUCUUCGCAAAAUUACUCUUCCGUGGGAAGAAAUCUCGAUCUCUAGCUCCACUGAAAUUGACCAGCAUCUUGCUCUUCGGAAAGAAAGGUGGUGGAAAGAGAACAGGGUUGUUCUCCGAAAGCCUUUCGAAUUAGUGUUGGUGAGGUCGCCUGGUCGGGUGGUCCUCGCUUUGCACAUAUUCCACGCACUGUACGAUGGAAGCAGCUUGCCUAUGCUAUUAGCCGCCGUCUUGAAAGAGUACCCAAACACUGGAAACGUUUCUUAUGGACCGCCGUUCCAAUCUGUUCUUCCCUUUGGGCCCCUUAGGAGAAACGAAGGUGCUCAAGGCUUUUGGACCAAAAAAUUUGCAGCAGCACACUACAGGCCAUUCCCAUCCCUAGCUGCAACGACACAGACGAAAGAUGUUGUAGUCACUAGAAAGCUAAAGGGGCUUGAACAUUACGAAACCAUCAGGCGGAAGCUUCAGGUUACGCAUCAAGCAAUUGCACAAGCUUGUUGGACAGCGGUCAUGCAGAUUCACGUCAAAAGUGCGGUCACGCUGGGCAUGGUGGUCUCUGGAAGAUCAAUCGACUCUGAGGGCGCGGAAAACACGAUCGGACCUUUAUUCAACACUAUUCCGUUCCACAUUCGGAUUGAAAGACCAGACACAUGGGCGACUCUAGUCACGAGAUGCCAUGAUUUCAACACCGCGGCUAUAGCAUUUCAGCAUACUCCAUUGAGGGACAUUAUGAAAUGGAACAAACGAACUUCGAAAGAACCCCUCUUUGAUACACUAUUCGUUUAUCAACGAGCUGAUGGGGAUAGCAGUACUUGGGCUCAUAACGACCUUUGGAAUUUGGUUGAUGAUGGCUCUACAGCCGACUAUCCGCUUGCUUUUGAGGUGGAUCAGAGUCAAGACGGGUCUUUGAAACUUACAAUAGUUGCCCAAGGCCAUGUCCUCGACCACUCGAGUUCCUCCAAGUUGCUUGAUGAGUUUGAAACUACCCUGAGCUCGCUUCUUAAAGAUGCGGAGUCCUUAGUAGCAGGUACUUGUGGCGACAUCUUCGACUCUUCCGACACUGCUCUCUAUCCACUCCCGACCGAUAAGUCUCCGGAUCCAUCUUCAAAUCCGAAUACAGAUUAUGACUGGGGACCACAAGCGUCCACAAUUCGAGCCGAGAUAGCAACGCUGGCUGGCAUCGAUACGGCUGAAAUCAACGAGCGGACUUCGAUCUUCGAACUGGGACUCGAUAGUAUUGAUGCUAUCAAGCUAUCCUCCAGGCUGAAAAGGCGUCAAAUAGACAUUCCAGUCAGUUCGAUCAUGCGAAAUCUAACAAUCUCGAAGAUUACACAACAAAUUACAAGCGAGCCGAGCAAUGAGGCCUCAGUACAUCCAGAUGACAUACAACGUCAACUGCGAACACUGGACGAGAUCUUCCGGAAGAGCAGCCACGGGCAACAAGCAGUCGACCAUGUGCUUCCGGUGACUCCAUUGCAAGAAGGUAUGGUCGCGGAAAUGAUAUCUUCCGACUUUACCAGGUAUUUCAAUCACGAUACUCUGAAGUUAGGCGGCAAUGUCGACAUCUUGAAGCUCCGAGAUGCUUGGAACAACGUCUAUCAACAAUCUCCAAUUCUUCGAACCUCAUUCAUGGAGAUAGACGACCCAGCUUUAGAUUUUUCGUUCGCUCAGAUCGCCUCACGAUCUCCUGCACUGCCUUGGAAUGAGAUUGAACUCGGGAACGAAGAUCAAAUAACGCAGCUCAUAGAUGACAUUCGGAAAACAGCUGCUCGCUCGAAACCUACGAAUCUUUUCCAAAUCCAUUUCGUAAAGUGCCCAGGGGCCUCUUACCUUAUCUUAUCUCUCGCGCAUGCAUUAUACGAUGGAUGGUCGCUCACCCUCUUGCAUGAAGAUGUUCGAAGGGCGUAUUUCGGUCUAUACAAAAGCCGACCCUCAUAUCAUAAGGUUCUGGAACAGACUUUGAAUGCGUCGGGUCCUGAGGCAAACACAUUUUGGCAAAACUAUCUCUCUGGUGCCGAGUCGAUAACGUUCCCACGAAAUAGGUCCCCGGAAAGCCAAUCGGAUCAGCAGCACCGACUAGAACGCGUGAGCGAGAUUCCACUUUCUCAGUUGAUGUCCUUCAGCAAGAAGUACGGAAUGACUCUGCAGACAAUCGGACAGACCGUCUGGUCAUUAAUUCUUGCCUCAUAUCUACACACUCUCGAAGUAGUCUUCGGGUCCAUCUUAUCGGGGAGGGACAGCGAGCUGACGACGAACGUCAUGUUUCCAACGAUGAAUACCGUCGCCAUUCGCGUGUUUCUCCAUGGAAGUCGACUUGAGCUGCUUCGGGAUGUGCAAGACAACUUUGCGCGUAUUCGACAAUACCAACAUUUCCCCUUGCGCAUCGCUCAAAGGUUUGCUGCUUCGCCAGGGAAAGCCGUUUUGGACACUCUCUUCAUUUACCAAAGGAGCCCCGAAGCCUCCCUAGACACGCAGGAGCCGCUGUACGAAUCAGUUGGCGGUUUAUCUGAUGUCGAAUAUCCAGUUUGUACCGAGAUGGAGAUCGUGGAGAAUCAUCUGAUUUGGCGCUGCGCUACCCACGAUGCAGCUCUUGACCAAGAGGGUACUGCGGAGUUGAUCGACCGGUUUGAUAUGGUAUUGAAGAAUAUUAUGGAACAUCCUGACGGGCCGGUUAUCAACAUCAAGAGUAACGAGACUAGCAUCUGCGGGCUACCACCGUACGAAGACCAAGCAGAAUCGCCCAGCAUGCCUCAUCAUCCAGAAGAUGAAAAACCAUCAGACAUCACGUCUUCCGCAUGGUCCCCCACCGAGUUGAGUAUUCGCGACGUGCUCUCAGCGGUGUCGAAGAUACCUAAAGACGAGGUCUCGAAAUUCAUAACCAUGUUCCAUCUCGGUCUCGACUCAAUCAGUGCCAUCAAAGUGUCUUCUCUUCUCCGGAAACGAUCUGUGAAUUUGAGUGUAGGCGACAUGCUUCGGGCAGCCACAGUGGAGAAAAUGGCACAACUAGCCGAUCAAGGGAAGCCGGAUGCACCAUUAUCAACCUCCGACACGGAAGCUCUAAUUUCUGCGUCCUUGGAAAAGCAAAACAUACCUGCACUACUAUCUCAAGCUGGCGUCUCUUCUGAUAGCUUCGAAAAGAUCCUCCCCGCUUCGGCUGGGCAGAUAUACAUGCUCUGUAACUGGGUGAACACCCGCGGUACGCUGUUUUAUCCGGAGUUUCAAUAUCGCACUUUACCGUCCCUCAAAAUAGAUAUCCUACGUCGAGCAUGGGAUGAACUGGUCGCUCGUAAUCCUCUGCUCCGUACUUGCUUCUUUGCCACAAGAGAUCCGGAGACUCCAUUCCUACAAGGCGUACUCCGAAACGUGACCAAUUCAUUCCACGAUGUCUCCAACAUUGAAGAAGCUAGAAGGACCCGCUUUAUCGAAGAAAACAGCACCCGUCAGCCUUAUGUGUUUCUCUUCGCUCGGCAAUCUGCGAGCCACUGGCUUCUAACUCUCAAAAUCCACCAUGCUCUGUACGACGGGGUGAGCCUACCGAUAUUGAUACACCAGCUUCAGGACCUUUGCAAUAGCUUUGCAGCGCAGGUUCCCCAGAUUUCCGCAUUCACAAAAGCACUGGCUAUCAAUUCGACCAAGGAUGCUCGCGAGACACGUCGGUCCUUUUGGACUUCGUAUCUGGAAGGCGCCUCGUAUAGACAUCUCGCGCAACCCAGUAGCGCAGUCUCGUCUCGAGUAGAGGUCUUCAAUCCCAGCGUAAUCGAGGACGUCGGAGCCUUAGAGAGCGUGUCUAGGCAAAGUGGGCUUAGCAUCCAAUCACUAUUCUUGGCGGCAUAUGGCAGGUUGUAUUCAGCUCUUCUCCCUAUCGCUUCAGACCUCAAGGACGAAGACGUCGUGAUUGGAAUUUACCUCGCAAAUCGAUCGCAUGCAAUCGAAGGCCUCUCCGAUGUCGCCGCGCCGAUAGUGAACCUGGUGCCUCUACGGAUCAAGACGCCACAGUCCACAAGUCUUCAGGACUCUGCCGCGCAGAUACAGCGUGAUCUUCAAGAUAUCGGUAGCUUAGAGAAUUCAGCGGUGGCGCUGUGGGAGAUUUCGACGUGGACUGGAGUUAAGAUUGAUACCUUUCUCAACUUUCUAAAGUUGCCUAAGGCGGACACCGAAUCUAUCAAACAAACUCUGGAGAUUCAAGAAGCCAAUGGAGGGGAGGAAGCGUGGAGUAGGACGGUAGACCAAGCGGGGAUGGAGAAGGAGUUCGUCGCCGCAACAGAAAUCCAAGACAAUAUGGUCAGGGAAUCGUACUUGCACACGAUUGAUGUAGAAGCUACGAUUAAGAAUGGCUCGUUGGAUGUGGGCGUGUUUUGUCCGGUAGAGAUGUUGGGUCUAGAGAGUGCAGAGAAAUUGAUUUUAGACCUGAAGAGAGAGCUCACGAGUUUCCUUUCGUAAUUGUUUUUGCUAGCGUUUGUAUGGAGUUAAGCUAUGUCUGUACUAGAGCGAGCACUUUGUGUUGCAUUGCCUUAGACCGUCUUUAUUUGUUCCGUUAGUAAAACUUUCCCCUCGUCGAAAAUAUGCUCGAAUAGUAGUAUAAU